CGCUCGGAGCGCAUGCGCGCAGCGCUCGUCCGCGGUCGCGCCGCACGCUCGCACGCCACCAGGAAACUUCGACUCGAGGAACUUUAAUGAACGGAUGACGUUGUACAGAUGGCUUCGUAAAAUGCCGUGCAGCGGGAGGAAAUUCGUGCGCGUGACCAAGUUUUUGUUGGCGGGAGUGGCAGUGUUCUGCGUGAGCUGGAUCGCCUGCGUGCAGGAGUGGCACGGCGGCGUGGAGUGGCGCGCGCGGCGCGAGGCCAGCGCGCUGCCCACCAUGCGCACCAUCGUCGGCUACUCCGAGGGCAAGCGCGCCGAGCUCGACCGACCCUCCCCCUUCAACUGUAUCCGGCUGCCGGCCUUCCCGUUCGUCCCCCACAUCAAUCGCACGUGGUCUCCCGGCGUGGUGCCCAAAUCAUCAUGGCAGCAUGUGCCCGGCACUAAAGUGUCCCUGUACGCCGCAUACUAUGACGAGCGGUUGCCACAGCGGUACAUCCGAAUACUGGCCUCUUUUGAAGGUCGUCUUUUAACAAGUAAAGAGCCACUAUACUGUCAAACGCGCCAAGAGAAUCCUUUCGACAAUAGCGUAGAAGUGGUAGCAGCUAAACAUUUGGAGAUUUGGAACCCACAAUGGGACUUGGAAUCUUUAACCGUCGAGACGCCGCUACUGCUUUCGUGUCCGCUGACGGAACCCCUGAGCUUCCCCUCAAUAGUGUCUGUAGUCACCGAGCCCUGCGACGACCCUACCAACGCAUUUUCAAUCCAACCUAGUCAACAUAAACAAUUCAAAAGAAACUUUACAAUAUGCGUAAAGGAUAUGAACUUCAACAAAGAUAUAUCACAAAAUAUUAUUGAAUGGAUAGAAAUAAAUAAACUGCUAGGCGUAGAAAUGAUUGAUAUGUACAUAGAUAACAUAAGAAAAGAAAGUGAGAAUGUUCUUUUACAUUACCGGAAUAAGGGUAAUAUUAGAUUAUUUCAUGUUCCUAUUAAUGAUAAGCCGAAAAGGUCUUUAUGGCAACGUAGAAGAGAUCACAUAAUAACUUAUAAUGAUUGUUUAUACAGAAAUAUUGGAGAAUCUGAAUAUGUCAUACCGCUAGACGUCGAUGAAGUGAUACUGCCCAAAAUAGCUCACACAUUGUUUGAACUAAUACAGAGAUUAAAAAGCAUCAACAAUUGGAGUUCAUCCGAAGGUUCAGCCAUUACGGUACAAAAUGUGUUCUUCUUUGAUUUCAUGCAAGGACCUCACAAAUAUAAACACAAAAAAGUUCCCAGAAAUAAAAGCAAAAUGUACGUAAAGCGAGACGACGUGCGGAUACUAAACACAAACGCAUCCUAUAUAGGUGAAAUAGAAUUAGUUGAUUCUGGUAGUUUUAGUAAUGAAGUCAUAGAAUAUAGUGAUGAUAGAAAAUUUUACGAAGAGUACAAAGUAAGAUGUGGGAAGGAGCUGGUAGAGCCGAAACUAGCGAGACAUGUAGUGAGCUCUGCGCUGAUUAGUCCUGUAGGGUACUACGGGAAGAGUAUGAUGGUGACGAGGAAUGUGCUGACGGCCUUCAACCACUAUCCGCUGGCCAGUCUGAGGGAGUCCUUGUGGUCGUACGGAUGGGCGGCGCCUUUCUUUGAGGUGCAACUGAAUCACUACAAGGAGUCGUGCGACACGACGGUGGUGAAAGAAGACUGCGCGAGGUACGGGCGGCGCGCGCGCCUCGAUCGCUCCGCGCUGCGCCUGCGACGACAACUCACGCGCGCCCUAGCGUCCGCCGUCUGCACGCCAAUAAAUAUUACCUAA